GGCCAGGCUGGCGAGGAUCCCGGUGAGCGAGCAGAGGCGUCUCUCAGAAGGGCGACUGUGACGGAGCACGGUUCUCAGUUCAUGCGGGGGAGAAAUUGUCUGGCUCGGGAUUUCACGGUGUUAGAUGAGGACCAGUAGGCACGGCUUGGCUACACGAGAGACUCAACAUGCACCGGAUAACGGAAAAAGCGAGAGGGGACAAUCUGAUUGAGAUGAGCCCCACAGAAUCUUUCAACGAUGAUCUAAAUGGCUACCAUCAAAAUGCCUCGUCCAGCACAGGAUCCUUCCAGCAGGGACAAUCAGCGUCUCCUUUAACACCUGAUGUGUGUGUAGAGACCUGUGAGUCUCUCAACACCAGCCUAGCCUCCCUGGCCCCCUCUGACCACAGCGACAGUCCGCAGUUUGAGGCUCAAACCUUAGAGCGAAUCAGUGCUUUGACUGGGUUCUGGAGAAAGCGGGCUCUAUUCCUGAAGUUUCGUUCCAGGAUUGACAAACAACAAUACAGUAAAGACUCUGUGUUCUUCCGUGAUGGAGUGCGCAGGGUUGAUUUUGUCCUGUCUUAUGUUGAUGAUAAAGAUGGUGAGAGAAAACAGGAGAGGAGGAAGGUGUAUGAAGCCAAUUUAGAGAAAGUUGGCCUGGAGCUGGAGACGGAAGAUAAAUUGGAGUCAGAAGAUGGAAAGACUUAUUUUGUGAAGAUCCAUGCUCCGUGGGAAGUGUUGGCCACCUAUGCCGACGUACUGAAGAUCAAAGUUCCAUUUAAGGUCAACGACAUCCCAGACAACAGAGAGAUGCCCAUGAACUGGCUGUCCACCCCGUUUCGUUUGCCAGAGCACGUCAUGCAACCCGAGCCAGACUAUUUCACAGCUCCUUUCAACAAGAGCAAGUCUGACUUCUUCCUUAUCGACGACAAAGAGACAUUCUUCCCCCCUUCCACUCGCAACAGGAUAGUCUACUAUAUCCUUUCUCGAUGCUCAUACUUCAAGGAUGAAUGUGGUGAUAAAGACAAGAAGGGCAUCAAGAGGUUACUCAACAAUGGCACCUACACUGCUGCCUUCCCCCUGCAUGACUCUAGAUACUGGACAAGGUCGAGGGAUGCAAACAGCGAAAGUGAGAGAUACAAUCUCUACAAAUACUGGGCCAGAUUCCUCUGUUUCUUCAAGGAGCAGCCCCUCAACCUUAUAAGGAAGUAUUAUGGGGAGAAGAUAGGUAUUUAUUUUGCGUGGCUGGGUUUCUAUACUGAGAUGCUGUUGUUUGCUGCAGUAGUAGGGACAAUUUGUUUCAUCUACGGAUUCCUCACCUAUGACGACAACCAGUGGAGUAAAGAAAUAUGUAGCGAGGAAAUUGGAGGCAACAUUGUCAUGUGCCCACUGUGUGACAAGAAAUGUAGCUACUGGAAGCUCAACACAACAUGCAACUCCUCAUGGCAAUCACACCUGUUUGACAAUGUGGGAACAGUGUUUUUUGCCAUAUUCAUGGGAAUUUGGGUGACGCUGUUCCUGGAGUUCUGGAAGAGGCGGCAGGCCCGACUCGAGUAUGAGUGGGAUCUGGUCGACUUUGAGGAGGAGCAACAGCAGCUGCAGCUCCGGCCAGAGUAUGAGACCAAAUGCAAAAAUCGCAAGCUGAACCGCAUCACUCAGGAAACUGAGUGGGUUCUUGACAGGACUGCUACAGAUCUAAUGGGGAAAUUGUUACUGUGCUGGGCCACCGUGAUCCUCUGGGAAAUGGAGCCAUACUUACCAGUAACAAGCAAGUGUGCACGCUUAUGUCUAUCUGGAGCCACCGUCCUGUUCUGGAUCUCAUUGAUCAUUGCCUGCAUCAUUGGGGUAAUAGCGUACCGCCUGGCGGUAUACGCGGCCUUUGCCAGCAUCAUGAAGGACAGUCCCACCAGCCAGCUACAUGUGGUUGGCCCCUACAUCACGCCACAGCUGGCCACCUCUGUAACUGCCUCCUGCAUCAACUUUGUCAUCAUCAUGAUCCUCAACCUCAUGUAUGAGAGAGUGGCUGUUUGGAUCACUGAUUUGGAAAUUCCAAAGACCCACCUGGAGUAUGAGAACAAACUGACAGUGAAGAUGUUCCUCUUCCAGUUUGUCAACUACUACUCCUCCUGCUUCUAUGUGGCUUUCUUCAAGGGCAAAUUUGUUGGCUAUCCUGGAAAUUAUGCUUACAUGUUUGGCCCAUGGAGCAAACUGAGGAAUGAAGAGUGUGACCCUGGUGGCUGUCUGAUUGAGUUGACCACCCAGCUGGUGAUUGUGAUGACUGGUAAACAGGUGUGGGGCAACAUCCAAGAGGCUUUGGUCCCGUGGCUGAUGAACUGGUGGGGUAGCAGGAAGGCCCGAAACCACCCAGAGAGCCUGUACAGCCGCUGGGAGCAGGACCACGACCUGCAGGGCUUUGGACAGCUGGGCCUUUUCUACGAGUACCUGGAAAUGGUGAUCCAGUUUGGUUUCAUCACACUUUUUGUGGCAUCCUUCCCCCUGGCACCCCUGCUGGCACUUAUCAACAACAUCAUUGAGGUUAGAGUGGAUGCCUGGAAGCUCACCACUCAGUUCAGACGUCCUGUGGCAUCCAAGGCCCACAGCAUUGGAGCCUGGGAGGAAAUCCUCAGUGGGAUUGCCGUCCUCUCUGUUGUCACAAAUGCAUUCAUUGUGGCCUUCACCUCUGAUAUGAUCCCUCGACUAGUGUAUAUGUAUGCCUACCAGCCAGAGGGUGAGAUGAAUAUGAAAGGCUACAUAAACAACAGCCUGUCUGUGUUUAAUAUCUCUGAGUUCCAACUCCCCAACCGCCCUGAGGAAGGGGAGAACCCCUCUUGGUUCAAUAGCUCCAUCACUACCUGCAGGUAUCGUGAUUACCGCUACCCCCCUGGCCAUGAGAAACAGUACUCCCACACUAUGCAGUUCUGGCAUAUUUUGGCUGCCAAGCUGGCUUUCAUCAUUAUCAUGGAGCAUGUUGUGUUCAUGGUCAAGUUCUUUGUAGCCUGGAUGAUCCCAGAUGUUCCCUCUGACGUGAGGGCUCGAGUAAAGAGAGAGCGCUACCUGGUUCAGGAGUAUCUCCAUAACUACGAAGUGGAGAAGCUGAAGAUCCAACUCAGCCAAAACGGUCAGAGUCACAGUGACUGUACCUGCACACCCAUGAUCUAUCCGUCUUUAUCUAAACACGAGGUGCUGUCAGAGUGUCUCUAGCCCAGCGAGCUGCUGGUCAAUCAGCUGGACAUGAUGGGGUGAGAUGGUGAUGUAGAUUGCCCUGCUUGUGUAUUAUGAUACUGAUCAUCACUUUGCUGUAGUGCCUGUGUUGUUUGUGCAAUACACACACAGACAACUUUUAUUAAAGAGCUAGAGGUUUCUCUAAUUCACAGCCAUCCUUCUACUAAUCUGCUGAUAGUGGAUGUGCACACAGGUGAAAGACCAAGUCCAUGCUUGCUGAAACUUGCAUCACUUGAAUUUAAAUAUAUCCCAUAUUUAUGGCUUUUCACUCUCUAUGUUGUAAUUAUAGUGCUGAGGAUAAUCAAAAUUUGCCGUGAGCAAAGAAAGAGGAAAUCUUAUACACUGUCUAAAUCAGACAACUUAGUCUGAUUUUAAUGCAAGACUAUUUAUUUAAGUGCCACUAUGAGUAACCAAAGACUGGAUGCCUUAAUAUAUCACAGACUUCUCACUGAUGCGAUCUGCCAGUAGAAUGUCAAUAUUAUUUAGAAUCUGAGAGCCUGCUUAUUCUGGGGGUUUGAAUAUUAUUUUUGUUUCUAUGUACAGCAAUAUGAAGGGUUCCAGUGUCACAUACUGUAUGUUUAUGUUCAGCUUGGGAUUUUUUUUGUUUGUUUGUUCUUUACUGCAACAAAUGUGAGCAUUUUUUUUAUUGGACAGCACUGAGGUCAUGGCACAGAUGUAACACACUUUUCCCAAAUUAUCUUCAUCACUCCACUGGCUGUUAAGAGGCCUGUUGACAUUUCUGCUAUGAUCUCAUAACAGCCCAACAGUUGCUCCAGGACAAAACCUGACAUUUGAAGUAGGUUUUAACGAAGAGAAACCUUUGCUGCUGUUACAGCUGUGAGUAAGGGCAAAUUUUGUCCUGCUAUGGCCAGUUGUUGAGCAGCCACAGCAGCAGCUGGUGCAUGUUGACUGUUGACAGUGAGUCCUGUUCCUGGAGAUGGGAAGCGAAAAGCCCUGAGAGAGUGAAGAGAUCCCUUUUUAAUGUGCCUCUGUUUACCAACACAUUGGAGCUAAUGAAAGCCUGCCCCCAUCCACUCAACCAUGUUUGCUCCAUUACACAAAGCACAUCAACCAUCGCCUAGUUCUUGUGCCUUUGUGCUUCUGGUUUCCUCAGCUGUGUCUGCGUAGAGAAGGAAAGAUACACAUUCUUUUUUUUUUUAAAUUUUGCACAAAGCACUUAAUGAAACCUGACUACCAAGACAUAAACAUGUCAAUCUAUUUGUUGUCUGACACUUUUCAUAAUCAGUGUUUUGAAGCAGCGGUGUGUGAUAGUCUUUGUUCAUUUAAAUAGAGCAAGUUGUACUGUAGUAAGACGGAGUUCCCUGUUCUGAAUUUGAGGUUUAUAUUGAGCUUAAUGCCAACAAAGAGAAAGAUGUAGCUUUUUGCUUUGAAAUUAUAUGAAGGAUAUUUUACAUUUAUUAGGCUGCAUACACAGAAAUAUGUGAGAAGUAUUGAAGUAUUUUAGUUUUAUGUAAAGUUGCUGACUGGUUCUGCUUCAAACUCAGGCAACUAAAUCUUAUAUUUGUUUGAGAUGCAUGUAGGGGUGACCACUUUAGCUGAGAACAAUGUUGUAUUGUUCUAUCAUACCCCGUGCUUAGCUAAAUUAAUACCUGUUGAUGCCUUAAUAUAUCAAAUAUUUUUUUCAGUUUUAUUUCUUUGUACAUCCCCUUUAAAUUCUUGUAUAUCUUCUUUUGCUAUGCUUUAGCAAUGUUUUAUUUUAUACUGUUACCAUACGUGAAAAAGGUGAACCUGUUUACUGUAUGCUUAAGUUUCAUGUUUUCAUUUAUUUUGUUCUGUAAUUUUUGUAAUUGUCCUAUAUCCAAAUGUGUAAUGUAACAAAGACAAUUCUCAAAAAUAAAGUACCAGUUCAAAUUGA